CAGAUGUCACUGAUUCAUGUUUGGCUGCCUUCCAGGUACCUGGGACAGGGCUGUUCAUGGAAAAAUCCCCGUGUAAGUCCCAAAGAAGCAGGGCAGUGUGAGCAGGGAGGCCAUGGCGGGGUUCCUGGACAAUUUCCGCUGGCCGGAGUGCGAGUGCAUCGACUGGAGCGAGCGCAGGAACGCCGUGGCCUCCAUCGUGGCAGGGGUGCUGUUUUUCACAGGCUGGUGGAUCAUGAUCGACGCCGCCGUGGUCUAUCCAAAACCAGAGCAGCUCAACCACGCCUUCCACACCUGUGGGGUCUUCUCCACACUGGCCUUCUUCAUGAUAAAUGCUGUAUCCAAUGCACAGGUGAGAGGAGACAGCUACAGUGAUGGAUGCUUAGGAAGAACAGGUGCUCGAAUCUGGCUCUUCAUUGGCUUCAUGCUGAUGUUUGGCUCCCUCAUUGCUUCCAUGUGGAUCCUCUUUGGAGCAUAUGUCACACAGAACACUAAUGUGUACCCUGGCUUAGCAGUGUUUUUCCAAAAUGCAUUAAUAUUUUUCAGUACUCUGAUCUACAAGUUUGGAAGGACAGAAGAGCUGUGGGGCUGAGCUGCCCCUGGGCUGGUCCAUAGUUACCACGUGGUUCUCUGUCUGUAGAUAAUUUACAGUUCUUUGUUCUUGGUUUGCUCUCCAAACCCUGGACUGAGACGAAUCCCAGGCUCUGUCAGAAGCUCCUCUUCUCCCAGGACACACUUGUGAAUAUGUACAUAGGACUGGAUCUCUUCCAAAGGGAAUGGCAGCUUUCCUGCUGGAAUCUUCAGGCUUCCUCCUUCCAAUCCAAGGCUUUCCAUCAUUUCAUCCUCCAAACCUCCACCCCUGUCUGAGGCUUCAGUGAACUGUCAGUGAGCAAACAGGACAAAGCCCAUCCCUGGAGCAGGACGAGGCCCAUCCCUGGAGCAGGGGCUGUGCUGGGAUAAGAGCUGAUUUUAAGAUUUUAUAUUAUUGUUCAGGUGAAUAUAUAAAGUAGCUUUUUUUUUUUUUUUUUUUGUCAAAGGUUAUGGUUUUUAAGCAGGUCCCUACACUCGGCAGGUUCUGCAUGGCUCAAACUACUCCUGACCUGUGAUGGCUCUGGCACAAAGGACAUUUGCUGGCACCACAGUCCUUGGAAUUAAUUUCAUGCUGCUCAGUGUAAGAGAUACCAAUUGGUAUUUAAUGUAUUUCCUGAUAUUAGAAUAAAAAACUCCAACAAACUGCUGCCAGUCCUACUUCAGGAACAUAAAGAAUAACUGAGAGUCAGACCAACAGCUUUCAAAUGAUUCUAUGAAAUCACACAGGUGUUGUUUUCUCCAGGGGAAGCUUUUUGCUCAUAAAUGAACAGUUUUCCUGCACUUUUCCCCUUCUGUACCUAAAAGGUGAAUGUUCAGGUGAAUGAAUUCACCUAAAAGGUGAAUGGGGAUAUGGAUUUGUUUGUUGUUCACAGUCUGACCUUGAAAUAACUGCCAGCUUUAGGGCUGCCUUUUGCCCCAGUUAAAAUGUGCCAACUUUAGGGCUGCCUUUUGCCCCAGUUAAAAUGUGUUUUAUCUCACGUUUCCAUGAUUGAAAUCGAGUUUCUUCUGUCUGGAGCGCACAGAAGGGAGGAAGAGGAUGUUUUAUAGCCUUGGGCUGAUCUUGUACAUUCAUUUGCUGUUGGUGACUCCUUCCCUCACGAGUUCUCUGUGGCUUUCAAGGCACUUGAC